AUGCCUGCUUCUGACCCCGGCGAAGCAUCGAAUGACGAUGAGUUCAUCAUCGAUAUCGAUGGGAUUCAAGCCCACGGCAUUGGUGCGGCUGACAUUACUAAGCUCAAAGCCAAUGGGUAUUACACUGUAGCAUCAGUACACGGCGCAACUCGCAGAACACUUUUAAAGAUCAAGGGUUUCAGUGAGAUCAAGGUUGAGAAGAUCAAGGAAGCUAUACAGAAGUGUUUGCCCUCUGCUACUGGAUUCGUGACUGCGAUGGAAUUGCACCAUCAACGCAAAAAGGUUGUUCGUAUCUCUACGGGCAGCAAGCAGUUUGAUUCUAUUCUCGGCGGCGGCUUCCAAAGCAUGAGCAUAAGCGAAGUCUUCGGCGAAUUCCGCUGCGGCAAAACCCAACUAUCCCACACAAUGUCCGUCAUCGCCCAGCUCCCCCGCUCCCUGGGCGGCGCCGACGGCAAAGUCGCCUACAUCGACACCGAGGGAACUUUUCGUCCCGAGAGAAUCGCGCAAAUUGCAGAGCGAUUCAACCUUGAUCCGGACACUGCGCAGGAGAACAUUGCGUAUGCGCGUGCUCUCAACUCGGAACAUCAAUUGGAGCUUUUGAACACGCUGAGUCGGGAGUUUGCGGAUGGGCAGUAUCGGUUGCUGAUUAUUGAUAGUAUUAUGAAUUGCUUUCGAGUGGAUUAUUGUGGGCGGGGGGAGUUGGCGGAGAGACAGCAGAAGUUGGGACAGUUUUUGAUGAAGUUGGCUCAUAUGGCUGAAGAGUUCAACGUGUGCGUUUUGAUGACAAACCAGGUCCAAAGUGACCCCGGUGCAAGUGCUCUUUUCGCAGGUGCAGAUGGACGUAAACCCGUUGGCGGCCAUGUCCUUGCGCAUGCAUCGACUACCCGCGUUCUCCUUCGCAAAGGCCGUGGUGAUGAACGCGUGGCGAAAAUCCAAGACUCCCCAGAUUGUCCUGAGCGCGAGGCAACAUAUGUCAUUACUAAUGGCGGAAUCAACGAUCCUGACAAGGUGUGA